CAAUUUUCUUAUCGAUAUCCUUCCUUCCCACCUCCCUCAGCGAAUUAAGGAUGGAUCAUAGUUCUUCAACUCUGCCAUUGGUUAAGAAAAAAAAUAGCAUCAUGGGUGUUGAGCUAAAAUCUCAGAUCAAAAGAAGGAAGACGCGCGAAGAAUAUGAGCAAUAUGAUGGUAUGACCGAAUUCAUGGCCUUUGAGAUACUCACCAGACUCCCCGUGAAGAGCCUGGUGAAGUGUAAAUCCGUGUGCAGAUCAUGGCGUUCUCUGAUCUCUGAUCCCGUCUUCAUCGCGGCGCACCUGAAGCGCUCGGGGGAAAAUCCCCAGCUCAUAAUCGUAGCUUUCUCGCCUAAACUCCCACGUCGAGGAUUCGACAUGUAUACUUACGAGGAGCGCAAGAAGAGAGCCAGGUUCUUGUUCGGGGAAGACUUUGUUUCAUUCCAGGAGCAUACGUUUCUUCCUCAACACUGCAACGGUCUGGUGCUGCUCAACACCAUGAAGCAGCUGGUUGUGUGCAACCCCAGUACUAAAGAGUUGGUAGCCUUACCUUCAGACAAGCGUGGUGAUGUUACUUGGAUCCUGGAAUUUAAGUAUACGGCUUCUUUAGGCUAUGUUGAAGGUAUAAACCUUUACAAGGUAGCCCGGUAUAUCUACAGGUAUCUCAAUUAUCACUUAAAUACCUACGACCUUGGCUUUGAAGUCCUUACUCUAGGAUUCGAUACUUCGUGGAGAAUCGCCGAGGACCCGCCCUAUCCAACUGGAAGCCGUGUUUGUCCCCGGUCUGUGGGCGAAGUUAUCUAUUUCAUCAUCGAUAACAGCCUCCAUCAGGGCCCUCCAAAAGCCUUCCUUUGCUUCAAUCUCAGAGACGAAAAGUUUAGAGUGGUCGACCCCCCUUACCAGUGUCCCAUUGACUAUGACAAUAUGAGCAUCGUGAAUCUUGAAGGCAAUCCGUGCUUCGUUCAUCAGUCACAGGAUAGGAGGAAAUGUAAAAUGUGGAUUUCCAGGGACUUUAUUGAGCACGUGUGGAUUCCUACCUUUAGUUUCGAUCUGCUGCAGCCCCCGAGACUUCUGGUGCCUCUCGCGUUUCGUCAUGGAAAGCUUCUGCUCGAGAUGCACGAUAAAGUUCAUAGGUUGGAGUAUUAUGAUCCUAAGAGUAAAGUGUUUGAUCCUGUCGUUUGCAUAGCGGAGGAUUUGGCUUUCUACAAUAAGCAGAAAUGUGGGUAUUACUUCUUUCACGAGAAGGCGCCCUUCGCAGUAGUGAAUUUUGUGGAAAGCUUGGUGCCAAUCAUUCCCAAAAGCUGAAGCCAGAGAUAGAGCUGGAAGGUCUGGGCCCAGCUGUCUAUAUAUUGAUGUCCUGCAUCAUCAAACUACUUCUCAUAGUUCUUCAACUCUGCCAUUGAUUAAGGAAAAAAAAAUAGCAUCAUGGGUAUUGAGCUAAAACCUCAGAUCAAAAGAAGGAAGACACGCGAAGAAUAUGAGCAAUAUGAUGGUAUGACCGAAUUCAUCGCCUUUGAGAUACUCACCAGACUCCCCGUGAAGAGCCUGGUGAAGUGUAAAUCCGUGUGCAGAUCAUGGCGUUCUCUGAUCUCUGAUCCCGUCUUCAUCGCGGCGCACCUGAAGCGCUCGGGGGAAAAUCCCCAGCUCAUAAUCGUAGCUUUCUCGUCUAAACUCCCAUGUCAAGGAUUCGACAUGUAUACUUACGAGGAGCGCAAGAAGAGAGCCAGGUUCUUGUUCGGGCAAGAAUUUGUUUCAUUCCAGGAGCAUAUGUUUCCUCCUCAACACUGCAACGGGCUGGUGCUGCUCAACACCACGAGGCGGCUGGUUGUGUGCAACCCCAGUACUAAAGAGUUGGUAGCCUUACCUUCAGACAAGCGUGGUGAUGUUGCUCGGAUGAAGGGAUUUAAAUAAACAACUUCUUUAGGCUAUGUUGAAGGUAUAAACCUUUACAAGGUAGCCCGGUAUAUCUACAGGUCUCGCAAUUAUCACUUAGAUACCAUCGACCUUGGCUUUGAAGUCCUUACUCUAGGAUUCGAUACUUCGUGGAGAAUCGCCGAGGACCCGCCCUAUCCGACUGGAAGCCGUGUUUGUCCCCGGUCUGUGGGCGAAGUUAUCUAUUUCAUCAUCGAUAACAGCCUCCAUCAUGGCCCUCCAAAAGCCUUACUUUGCUUCAAUCUCAGAGUCGAAAAGUUUAGAGUGGUCAACCCCCCUUACCAGUGUCCCAUUGACUAUGACAAUAUGAGCAUCGUGAAUCUUGAAGGCAAUCCGUGCUUCGUUCAUCAGUCACAGGAUAGGAGGAAAUGUAAAAUGUGGAUUUCCAGGGACUUUAUUGAGCACGUGUGGAUUCCUACCUUUAGUUUCGAUCUGCUGCAGCCCCCGAGACUUCUGGUGCCUCUCGCGUUUCGUCAUGGAAAGCUUCUGCUCGAGAUGCACGAUGAAGCUCAUAGGUUGGAGUAUUAUGAUCCUAAGAGUAAAGUGUUUGAUCCUGUCGUUUGCAUAGCGGA